UACUACAGCAUGUGUAUGUGAGUGUGAAUGUGCUUCAGUAGCAUGCCUGAAAGAGAGAGGUGAGCAGAGACAGAGAGAGAGAGAGAGAGACAGAGGGAGAGAGAGAGAGAGAGACACACUGACUCCCACACGCUUCCAGUCUAGUGGAGGGUGGUCUGAAACACUCUGCUGCCUCCAGUCUGCUGCUCUGCUGCUCGCUCUCUCUUGUUCUCUCUUCUGGGUUAUUUUCCUUCGCUGCUGAUCAGGAGAGAGAAAAGAGGGAGACACUGAUGAGAGACGUCGCUCAGAACUUGCGGGAGAUCCCUGGUGUGUGUGCGGGUGUGUGUACCACUGCCAGACGUCCGUGGGGGGCUCCGAGCGGCGCCUCUCGCGCUCCGCCAGGAUGGGCUGUAACCUGUGCACGCUGCAGAAGAGAGAGGAGCACUACAAACUGCUGUAUGAGAUCGCUCAGGUAAAUGGGCGUGACUUUUCGAAAACUGGGCAUGAAGUGGCUGUUGAAGCAAUGCGGAAGGAGCCCAUUGUUGUCCAGGUAUUACGGCGGGGUCCAACAGCCAGUAACCAUGGCAACCUGCAAGAGGUUUGCGUGGUGGAUGUGUGUACUCAGACGGACAUCACGUUCGAGCAUAUUAUGGCUUUGGCUAAAAUGAGGCCAGCUACUCCGCCAGUGCCUGACAUCUGCCCCUUUCUGCUGUCGGACAGCUGUCAUUCCAUCCAGACAAUGGAGCAUGAGUACUUUGAGUGUCCAGAAUACUUGUCCAACCCUCGGGCAGAAGUGGAACGGACAGAUGAAUUUGAGUAUGAGGAGGUUGAGUUGUGUCGUCUGAACAGUCAGGAGAAGUUGGGGCUCACUCUCUGCUACAGGACGGAUGACGAGGAGGACACUGCUAUCUACGUCAGCCAGGUCGGCCCCAACAGCAUAGCCGCCAGAGAUGGACGCAUCAGAGAGGGCGAUCGGAUUUUACAGAUAAAUGGCUGUGAUGUCCAGGACAGGGAGGAAGCUGUGGCUCUUCUCUCUAAUGAAGACACCAAGAACAUUGUAUUAUUAGUUACCAGGCCAGAGGCACAGAUGGAUGAAGCCUGGUUGGAUGAAGAGCACCAUGACUUCCUGGAGGAGCUAAAGAUGGAAAUUCUGGAGGAGCGGAGAAAAGAAGAUGUCUUUCAGACAGCAAGUGAUAAGCAAUCCAAGAUGCCAGAUGAGGAUGAAGCCACCUGCUCCUCCACCCUGCAGGAUAAAGGCAGUGGGAUGAGACAUGGGCGUGAUGAGUGCUCCAGACCUCAUGUCCAAAAAAGGACUCCAAAGCGUAUGCAGCACCAAUGGGAGGUGGAGCCACAUCUGGUUGCCACCAGCCCAGCCAAUCAGGAGCUGAGCCAAGAGGGUGAACGUAGUGAGGCUGGAGUGGAAUGUGAUCAUUUCCAGCAGCUUCUGCAACUGAAGUGCCAGAUCCGGAAUGAAGGCGAGUGUGGCCUGGUGUACCGGCGCAGCAGCACCAUCGAGUGCAGUCUGACAGAGCAGGCCGGCAGAGGAGGUGUGGAGCGUGAGCUGCGUAUGCUGAAUGAGGAGCUACGCAGCAUUGAGCGUAAGUGCCAGAGCAUCAUGCAGGCCCACCAACUGCGCAGAAGCAAGCGGGAAAUACCUAGAGGAGACAAGGAUAGUAGGACUCGCCGGGCCAAGCUGGAAGAUAUCAAUGAGCAGCCUGAGAGGACGCAAUGUGAGAAGCUGAGGGACAAGGACAGCUCAAGUGCAUACAACACAGCAGAAAGCUCACGAUCCACUCCUUUGGGCACCGAAGGUUCGCCUGACCACUCUCUGCAAAGUUGCAUCCACCAAACCAAUCAGAGGAACUUGCGCAGUGGCAGUGCAAUUCAUACUCAGGGGGUAUCUUGCGGUAGCCCCUUAACUUCCCACAGCUGCCCUGCUUAUCGUCAUACCUCACCCACUCAUGGCAAUCUCACCUUUGAUAACACUAUUCAUGCUAACUCCACUGCACCGCUACAGACCCCAAUCACCAGUCCUGGGUCGCAAGGUCCAGGCCAGGCUCUGUCCAGCAGCCUGGAGCAGAGUCCUAGCAAUCCAUCGGAGUCAGACCCAGCCCUUCCGGCUGACGAUGAGCGGCAUGAUUGGUCGAGGAGCCGAAGCCGGGCAGCCCCUGGAGGCAGCCACCCCUCUCCUUACCACCCCAACACCAGUCAUUACCAGGGCUACAUGCAGCUCCUCCAGCAGCACUCAUCCUCCUCUCUAGAAUACUCUCAGAGCCAGCUAAGUUUGUUGAGCCUCCGUGGACGGCCCUCCCCUCCUCAGCCCGGUAGGCUGGAAUGGAAGGUAAAGGUCCGGGCAGACGGGACUAGGUAUGUGGCACGGCGUCCUGCUCGGGAUCGGAUCCUGAGGGAACGGGCUCUUCGGAUCCGCGAGGAGCGCAGCAGUGGCAUGACGACAGAUGACGAUGCUGCCAGUGAGCUGAAAAUGGGCCGCUACUGGAGCAAAGAAGAACGAAAGCAGCAGCUGGCGAGGGCCAGGGAGCAGCGACGUCGCCGUGAGUUCAUGCAACGCAGCCGGCUGGAGUGUCUAAAAGAGGCUGCUGGAACGUCAGGAGCAGAAGUCAGCAUCCUGGAACUGAGCCACAAGAAGAUGCUGAAAAAGCGCAACAGGAAAAUCUUGGACAACUGGAUGACCAUUCAGGAACUGAUGAGUCAUGGGGCCAGAGCACCCGAGGGCACCAAAGUGCACAAUGCCUUCCUGUCUGUCACCACCGUGUAGGGGUCCAAGCUCUGAAUCAGUGAUUUCUAACUCUGGUGCCGGUACAUUUUGAGUGUUGCUCUAACGUGAUCCUGCAAAUCAGCUAAUUAACAAGUCCUUCCUUUGUAGAAGAUGGUACGUUAGAUCAGGUAAACGCUAAAGCAGGGGUGCUCUAGGACCAGAUCUAGGAAGCACUGAUCUAGACUAAGGCUCCGCAUUCACUCUGUGCUACUACCUUUUGCACUGACCUCCUUCCAAAUGACAGUUUUCUAUUGUACAAAAGGCGAUAUUUUUCAUGUUUUUGUAUUACACCUUGUAAAGACCUUUCAGACCUUGUUUCAAAUCAGACAUGACUGUGAUGAAUGUUCAAUCUUUUUUUUUUUUUUUUUUUAUAUAUAUUAACUGGAAGUAUUUGACCACUACAGACCUCUCUGUCUUUUUUCUACAAGUGCAUAAGACUGCCAUUUUAAAAUUAGGUUUCAAACACUACUGUACAGUGCUUGGCACCUUAACGUUACUGCCCUUUACGAAGUCCUGUGUGUUUCAAAGUACUUGAAUUUUCAGUAUGGGUUUAUGCAGCCGCUCUCAAAUGUCCUGUAAAUACACCUUUUUCCUUCAUGUUAACCUCUAAGUAAGUGAAGUUCUUUGUUUGAACUUGAAUGGUUUACAAAGAUCAAAAGCUUUUUCAUAUGGUAUGACAAUACCAUUAUCAUGCAGUAUUUAUGAUAACUUCCCAUUGUUCUGUAGCUAAUUGAUUGUACAUUGAUUAUAUACAGUAUAGUUUUUCCACCUCUGAUGCCAAAUACAGUAAUUAGCUGUAUUCCUGAAUGAUAAUGGUACUGAGACUCUGAAACUCUGAGGUUUUUUUUUUAUCAAUUCUGAAUUUUAUCACUGUUGUUGUGCCUAAGGAUCUGGUGCUUUCCACUGUCUGCAAUGACUCAUUUUUCUACUAUACAUUGUGGUGAACAAAUGUGCAUUUUUGCUAACUUAUUGAUCCUCAACUUGUAGCUAUUUCCAGUGUAGUUGGCCACUUUGCAGCCAGGUCAACAUAUUCUAAGUGUACUACUUGGAUAAUAAA